AUGGCCACGGGGCCAGACCAGGUGGUGGGACUCGGCCUCAUCCCCGUUAGCCUCAUCAUCUUCCCCUACUAUACUGCCUGGGUGAUUCUCUUGCAAUUCAUCGACAGCCAGCGUGUCAUCCACAAGCGUUCCCUGCCCCGAGCUUAUGCUGUUGCCAUCCCACUAGCUUCUGGUCUCCUACUGCUCCUGUUUGUGGGACUGUUCAUCACUUAUGUGAUGCAGAAGAACCAGAAGGUGACCAAAAAGCCCGGUUAUUCCGGGGGCCAUCUGGAUCCAGAGAAGGCUCAACAUUCGGGGCUGCAGAGUACCUAG